CCCGCGGAGCCGCCAAUUGCUGGAUUCCAGCGGCGGGCCCGAGUCUCCACCCACUGGAAAAAUUCCUGGCCCGCUCCUCCCUCUCUCCUCCCUCCCGCGGCAGCUCCGGCUGCGCUCGCCCGGCCCCGACUUCCUGCCGGGCGCUGGGAAGGCGCGCGCGGGCUGGGGUCCCCGGGGGCCGCGCCUGCAGCGGGCCGCGUCCCGGACAGCCGAGGGGCUGGGCAGUGGGCGGGAGCGGCGGGCAGCCUCAGCCACUGCCGAGAGCGACUUUCAAACUCGCGCCCGCGUCGCGGCCGCACCUGGGCAGCCUUUCGCGCCGAGCGUGCCGGACCCAGCGGGGCGGCGACCGUGCGAAUCUCUCCGGAGUGCCCUCUCCAGGCAGCGAUGCCAGGAUGCCUGUCUCUGCCUCUCUCCGCCAAGAGCGCAGCCAGGAGCGGCCGGUGAGCCUGACCUCCACCACCUCCUCGUCGGGUUCAUCCCGUGACAGCCGCGGUGCCAUGGAGGAUCCCAAUGGUUCCGAGGCUUCUGCUGAGAACGGGGCAGGCUCCCCGCGCGGCCGGCAUCCCCCCAACGGCAACCCCAACUCCAGCGGCUGGCUGAGCGUGAGGGGGCCCCUGUCUCCGUUCAGCAGUCGGGCCCCGGCGGCCCCAGCACAUAAGCUCAGCUACCUGGGCCGAGUGGUGCGGGAGAUCGUGGAGACGGAGCGGAUGUAUGUGCAGGACCUGCGCAGCAUCGUGGAGGACUACCUCUUGAAGAUCAUUGACACGCCUGGGCUGCUGAAGCCAGAACAAGUCAGCGCCCUCUUUGGGAACAUAGAAAACAUCUAUGCACUGAACAGCCAGCUACUCAGAGACCUGGAUGGCUGCAAUAGUGACCCUGUGGCUGUGGCCAGCUGCUUUGUGGAAAGGAGCCAAGAGUUUGAUAUCUACACCCAGUAUUGCAACAACUACCCCAACUCAGUGGCCGCCCUGACCGAGUGCAUGCGGGACAAGCAACAGGCCAAGUUCUUUCGGGACCGGCAGGAGCUGCUACAGCACUCUCUGCCCUUGGGCUCCUACUUGCUGAAGCCCGUCCAGCGCAUCCUCAAGUACCACCUGCUGCUCCAGGAAAUCGCCAAACAUUUUGAUGAAGAAGAAGACGGCUUCGAGGUGGUGGAGGAUGCCAUUGACACCAUGACCUGCGUGGCCUGGUACAUCAAUGACAUGAAGAGGAGGCACGAGCAUGCAGUCCGGCUCCAGGAGAUUCAGUCACUGCUCAUCAAUUGGAAGGGACCAGACCUGACCAUCUAUGGGGAGCUCGUCCUGGAGGGCACGUUCCGCGUGCACCGCGUGCGCAACGAGAGGACCUUCUUCCUCUUUGACAAAGCUCUGCUCAUCACCAAGAAGCGAGGCGAUCACUUUGUCUACAAGAGUCAUAUCCCGUGCUCCUCCCUGAUGCUGAUCGAAAGCACCAGAGACUCCCUGUGCUUCACCGUCACCCACUACAAGCACAGCAAGCAGCAGUACAACAUCCAGGCCAAGACAGUGGAGGAGAAACGGAGCUGGACUCACCACAUCAAGAGGCUCAUCCUGGAGAACCACCACACCACUAUCCCCCAGAAGGCCAAGGAAGCCAUCUUGGAAAUGGACUCCUACUAUCCCAGUCGGUACCGCUGCAGCCCGGAGCGACUGAAGAAGGCUUGGUCCUCCCAGGACGAAGUGUCCACCCACGUGCGGCAGGGGCGCCGGCAGUCUGAGCCCACCAGACACCUGCUCAGGCAACUCAGUGAGAAAGCAGGUGGAACAGCGGGAAUGAAGCAUGCAGGCAGUGCCGGCGCUCUCCUGGACUUUGGGCGGCCUCCUCGUGCUCAGGGCAUACAGCCAGAGGCUGAAGGGGCUGCCCGGGAGGAACAGGAGGAGGAGGAGGAGGAAGAGGAGGAGGAGGAGGAGGAGGAGGUGGUGGAGGAGGAGGAGGAGGAGGAGCAGGCCUUUCAGGUGUCUCUGGAAGACUUGGCAGGGCAUGAAGGCAGCAAGAAGGGGGCCAGGCUGGAGCCCCAAGGCUCGGAGGAGGAGGAGGAGGAGGAGGAGGAGAGCCUGGCAGUGGCGGAGCAGGUAGCCGACUUUGCCAGCUCCCUGCUGGCCGCCCUCCACUGCUGGCACUAUCGGGCCAACGCUUUACUUUUCUCCCGGGGCGCUAUGGAGAAGGGGCGUAGGGAGUCUGAAGGCCCCAAGAGCCGCAGAAGGCCCGGCGGCCGGUCUCCCACUAGUGCUGAGAAGCGCAUGAGCUUUGAGUCCACCUCUUCGCUGCCAGAGGUUGAGCCAGACCCUGAGCCUGAGACAGAGCAGGAAGUAUUUGCUGCUGUGGAAGCUGCCAGCAUCGAGGAGGUGCCCUCAGACAUGGAGUCUCCAGAAGUCCUGGAAACACAGCUUGAUGCCCACCAGGAGCUGCUGGGGAUGGCCCCCCCGGGUGACAUGGUGGACUUUGUGGUGGCCGAGAGCACCGAGGACCUUAAGACUCUGAGCAGUGAGGAGGAGGAGGAGGAGGACAUGGGUGCCACGCAGGAGCCCGAGAGCCUCCUGCCACCCUCUGUGCUGGACCAGGCCAGCAUCAUUGCCGAGCGGUUCGUCAGCAGCUUCUCUCGGCGGAGCAGCCUGGCCCUGGAGGAUGGCAAGGCCAGCGGCUUUGGGAGCCCGAGGCUGACAAGCCGGAGCAGCAGCGUGCUCAGCCUAGAGGGCAGCGAGAAGGGCUCGGCCCGGCGUGGCAGCACCACCGACGCCCUCGGCUCGCAGCCACCCCCAGAGGUGGACAGCGGUGUGGGCAUGGCCACGGAGAGCAGCCCUUCGGUCAACGGGACGGAGUCCCCGAGCCCAGGCUGCCCUGCAGAGCCCGACAGGUCUUCCUGUAAGAAGAAGGAAUCGGCACUCUCCACCCGAGACCGGCUGUUGCUGGACAAGAUCAAGAGCUACUAUGAGAACGCGGAGCACCAUGACGCGGGCUUUAGCAUCCGGCGCCGAGAGAGCCUCUCCUACAUCCCCAAAGGGCUGGUGAGGAACUCCGUUUCCAGAUUCAACAGCCUUCCCAGGCCGGACCCAGAGCCCACGGCUCCGCUGGGGCACAGGAGGCAGGUGGGCUCCCGGCCGGCUUCGUGGGCUAUGUUUGACCUCCCAGGCCCCGGCCAGGCGAGCGCUGGGGAGCCAGCUCCUAUCACAGAUGCUGAGUUCAGGCCGUCUUCAGAAAUUGUAAAGAUCUGGGAGGGAAUGGAGUCUCCCGGGGAGAGCUCUCACAAGGGGCCUGGCCAAGGCCAGGCCAAUGGUUUUGACCUGCACGAACCGCUCUUCAUCCUGGAGGAGCACGAACUGGGGGCCAUCACCGAGGAGUCGGCCGCCGCCUCCCCUGAGAGUGCCUCCCCCACGGAGCGGCCCAGCCCGGCCCACCUGGCCCGGGAGCUGAAGGAGCUCGUGAAGGAGCUGAGUGGCGACGUCCAGGGGGAGCUGGUGGCUCCACUGCACCCGCGCAUCGUCCAGCUCUCCCACGUGAUGGAUGGCCGCGUGAGCGAGCGAGUCAAGAACAAGGUCUACCAGCUGGCCCGCCAGUACAGCCUGCGGAUCAAGAGCAAAUCUGUGCCAGCCAGGCCACCGCUCCAGUGGGGAAAGGCGGCUCCCACCGUUCCCUGCCUGCAGGAGGAGGCUGGAGCGCCCUCGGGCGGCAAAGGUAAGAGAAAGCCGGUGCUGUCCCUCCUCAACGAUGAGCAGACGGUGGCCCCGGAGCACAGCCCGCCCAAGCCCUGCUCUCCUCGGCAUUGCUCCUUCAGCCCCACUGCUGCCAGCCCGAGGACCACCUCGCCUGGGGUCCGGCCCUCCUCUCGAAGCCCCCUCAGCCCCUUCGACACUGAGACCUUCAACUGGCCUGAUGUCCGAGAGCUCUGCUCCAAGUACACCUCCCACGAUGAGGCAUUCCAGGCCGAGGGCAGUCGGCCCCGUGGCCAGCCUGUCAACCGGAGCCGCUCGGUGCCAGAGAACAUGGUGGAGCCCCCUCUGGCGGGCAAGGUGGGCCGCUGCUGCAGCGUGGGCGCCAAGAGGGGCCGGGCAGACCCAGAGGCCACCCAGCCCCAGCCUCCUGGGGGAUUGCCCCAAAGCAGGCCGGUCGGAGAGGAAGCCCUGUAUGUCACCGCAGACCUCACCCUGGAGAACAACGGGCGGGUGAUCGUCAUGGAGAAGGGGCCUCUGCCCUGCCCCGCUGCGGGGCUGGAGGAGGGCAGUGGCCAGAGACCAAGCUCACCAGCAGCCGCGGUGGGACAGGGCCUGGAUUUCCAGGAGUCUGGGAUUUCCAGGAGUCCAGAGUAUUGGCCAAAGGAAGAGGGUCCCAGAGACCCAGUGGACCCAGGCCAGCAGGGCAGAGUGAGAAACCUGAGGGAGAAAUUUCAGGCCUUGAACUCUGUAGGGUGAUUCUGAGUCCAAGGAGAGGGAGGAGCCGUGUGGCUGUGGGGGGGGGGGGGGGGGGGGGGGGGGGGAAGGACGGAGAGGGACCACGGCAGGCUUGCCCUCAGGCCUGGCUCACCCUGCUCACGAGGGCCCCUGGAAGAAUGCUCCGGGGUACCCGGCAAGUGUCUUCACUGGGAACCGGCUGGCGCACCCCUGGGCUCGGGGCGACUUUCCACAGGCCCAGUUGAGCCUUUCUUCCCACCGAGGCCAGUGUGACCACUUCCCUUGUAUAUAGUUCUUUGGUGAGAAGCUGAAUAUUUAAGCUCUCCUCUUCCCAGGGAGAGCAAGUCGUGCUCAGGCCUCCAGUGUUGGGCUGACCACUGCCGGGCUGAGGCGCCCACCUGGAGGAGUCGUGGGGAGGUGGCCUGGGGAGGCUUUCCUCUUUGUGUCUUUUCUUAGGAUCCAGGCAGGAACCAGGCCCAUAAUUUAUUGCUUCCCAUUCCGCGGUAUAUUUGUGUGUGCACGUGAGAGUUUGUGUUCUUUUGUUGUGGAUUCCUCUCCCGUGAAGAAUGUAACGCGCUCAGUUCAGGUACUUUUGUAGGUUGUCUUGCUGAUCCUGUGGUUGUCACUAAUGUAUAUACAUUUCGUUAUUUGCCAAUGGUUCAAUAACCACUGCUGACC